ACCCCUUUAAAAUAGUUAGCCCUUUUUCCCUUUUUUUUUUUUUUGUUGGGUAAGAUAGUUAGGAAAAUUUGUAGAAUCGCAAAUGGAUAAACCCUAAACUGCAAGUCCGAACCAUGGCAACCCUUCCAUUUCGUACACCAUCUUUUCUCCCAAACUCUCAUUCAUUUGCCUCAAACUCACUAGCCCAUUUCCAAAUUUCUACCAUUUGGCUGGUCCCCAUUCCUGAAGCUAGAACUUUUCACAAACUCUUGCCACCCAAAUCAUCUUCAGAUGACGAUCCAACCACCGCAGAACCGCCAAAGCCUUCCCGCCGAGGCCGCAAAAAAGCUCGGUCCACCACCACCACUUCGUCUUCCGCAACCUCGACGACAAAAAGACCCAGAGGACCUCGGAAAAGCCAACCACAGAACACCCAAAAUGAUGUACCUGUAACCGAUAAACAGGAGGAGCUUGAUUACUAUGAUGAUGGUAUUGAUUUCCCGUACGAGUACCCGCCUCUAAUCUGCUGUUUUGGGGCAGCCCAGAAGGAGUUUGUGCCCACCAUAAGAGUGGCACCGGAGCAAAUGCACCCGGAUAUCUAUUCUCAAUGGAAAAUGCUGCAGUGGAACCCUCCAGAGUUUGUUAGGUCUCCUGGCGGACCGCCUUCCAAUGUGGCUGUUUCUCACGCCAGGCUUGGUGGGAGGGCUGCUUUUAUGGGGAAGGUUGGGGAUGAUGAAUUUGGAAGAGAGAUGGUGUUGCUUAUGAAUACUGAGAAGGUGCAGACGAGGGCAGUGAAAUUCGACAGCAAUGUGAGGACUGCCUGUGCCUAUAUGAAAAUUAAGCACGAUAAUGAUGGCAAAAUGAGGAUGGAAAAGGUGAAAGAAUCUGCAGAGGAUUCGUUACUAAGCUCCGAACUGAAUCUUGCCGUGCUCAAAGAGGCUAGAAUGUUCCAUUUUAAUUCUGAAGUCUUAACUUGUCCUUCCAUGCAUUCUGCUCUUUUUAGAGCAAUUUCAUGGUCUAAAAAGUUCGGUGCAUUGGUUUUUUUCGACCCAAAUUUCCCAUUGCCACUAUGGGAGUCACGUGAUAUGACCAAGGAAGUGCUCAAGAAAGCCUGGGAACAAGCAGAUAUCAUUGAGGUCUCAAAGCAAGAGCUCGAGUUUCUUUUAGAUGAAGAACAUUAUGAGAGGAGAAGAAAUUAUACGCCUCAGUACUAUGCUGAGAAUUUUGAACAAACAAGUAAACUGCGAGAUUAUUAUCAUUAUACUCGCGAAGAAAUCUCUCCAUUAUGGCAUGAUGGGUUGAAGCUUUUGUUUGUCACAGACGGAACACUUCGGAUACAUUACUAUGCUCCUUCUUUUGAUGGGGUUGUGGUUGGCACAGAAGAUGUGCUAAUAACACCAUUCACUUGUGAUAGAACAGGUUCUGGUGAUGCUGUUGUGGCUGCAAUUAUGAGAAAGCUAACAACUGUAUCCGAGAUGUUUGAAAAUCAGGAUAUUUUGGAGAGGCAGCUUCGUUUUGCUAUUGCUGCUGGUAUAAUAUCACAGUGGACUAUAGGAGCUGUACGCGGUUUUCCCACAGAAAGUGCUACUCAGAAUCUGAAAGAGCAGGUUUAUGUGCCAUCAAUGUGGUAAAAUCGGCAGUAGUCAUGUCAACGAGCAAAAUACUCUAGUUUCUUUCUAUUAGAUCUUGCUGUAAUCUGGAGUUAGAAACACCAAGUCUUCGGUCUGUGAGAGUCCACUAGUUAGAUUUAUUGUUUCUAUCGGACCACUUUGUCCAACACCUAGAUUUUUAAAGGACCAUUGAAAUGAUGCCGUGGUUCUUUCUUUUGGUAAUUGACUCAAGUAUCAAAUGACAUUGUGGGCGAAGUUUAUACAAAUACAUGGAUCUCACUUGUUGGUCCAUUGAUGUGAUCCUAAAGCAGAAUUUGUUCC